AUGCGAAAAUAUUUUUUUGUAACAUUUUUUGUAACGUGUUUCAUAACACUAGCACCUAUUCAUGGGAAAGAUUAUUUUAGUGGCUAUUUGAACAAAGAAUUAAACGAACUUUUAAAAUGCAAUUUUAUAGCAUAUUAUUAUUUAAAAUCAAGUGAGCCUGAUCCUGAUUCCUUUUUAGAUUUCGUUGGUGAGCCUGAACAAUUCUACUGGUUCAUAGAAUAUUUCCUAUCAGUUCCUUUUAAAGUACCAUGGCACCUGAAGCAUGCAAAUGUAUACAAUUUUUUACCUUGUUUAAAACGAUCAUGGGUAUCAGAAUUUUUAAGAAAAUAUGAAGAGCCGGCUAUAGAGGAAUUGAUGGAAUCUCUUGAUAAUGAACAAAGAUCAUUUUUUUCCCAUACUUUUAAGGACAAAAAACCAACUGGAAAAUUUACAGCUGUAGCAGUUAAAGAGUUCCAUAAGUAUUGUAUCUUACCUCCUAUAAUAGAAACAAAUAUACGGAUAAAGGGAGAUGGGGGCUAUUUAACCUUUCAAUUAAAUAAAGAUGAGUAUAAAAUAUAUUUGAGUUCAGUUGGAACACAUAUAGCAGCAUUGAAGAAUUUAUUUUUAAAUAUGAAAGACGAGAAAAGAAAGAAUACUUUAAAAAUUAUAAUAGAAAAUGAAAAAGAAAAGCAUGUACAAGUUGCAUGCCCUACCUUUUAUAUGAAUCUACAGUAUAGUAAAGAUUGUAAUAAUCAACCAAAUUUUUUCGCAUGCGUUGACAAUUAUAUAAGAAAAGCUUGUUUAUAUAGAGAUAUUAAAAAAAAUUCUGAAAACAUAUGUGACCAUUUAUUAUUUCUUUUUGGUUCUUUAAGAAAGACAUAUAUGGAAAAUUUCAAGAAAUUUUUACUUCAAAAAGAUGAACAAUUAACAAAACCUCAGUCUGUAUGGGGGGUUCCAUUAUUUAAAAAAUAUGCUCCAGAUGACUAUAGAAAUAAAAAUAAAAAUAUACCAACAAAUAUAUUUAAAUCUCUCAAUGCCAAAAAUAAAUUGUUUUUCUCCUUCUAUGAUGGGAUACCAAAAAGUGCCUACUAUGUUGAUGUGCAACAACCUAUGAUGAGGUUAAGUGACUAUGUCUCCAGCAUUUACGACAAACUUCACCAUUUCUUUAACGGUUUUAAACAGAGUCCAUCACAGAUAAAACAACUGACAAUAAGGGAAUUGAGUCACGAAAUAUUCGAUUUUAGCUUUAAGCAGGAAAAGGACGAAAUUGAAUGUAAAAAUGUGAAGAAGAGUUUAAAUCUAAACUUAGAAGUAGAUGUUAUGAAAGGUGCUGCAGCAGAAAAAAUAUGUAAAAUUAUUGAAAGACACGUUCUAACAAAAAGGCCUAAAAUAAGUACAAAGAAAUUUGAUUUUAAGAUAAAGCUUGAUGAUGUACAUAAAGGAUUUCGUAUUCGUUGCAUUUUAUUAUCUACGCAUGUUGAAGCUUAUAAUAUUAUUAGGCAGCUUCUAAAUUUGGAGAGUGUAUUAUCACUUACAAGAUAUACUUCCUUAUACUUACAUAAAUUUUUUAAGAGUGUAAAAUCAUUAAAGGGAAAUUUUUUGUAUAAUAAUGCAGAUGCAUUAAAAUAUGCACGUUCAUGUGGAAGAUCUGUUUUACACGUUCCUGCAGUUUUGUAUAGACGAAAUAUUUACUUAGCGGAGACAUUUUUAUCCUUAUACGUAGGGCUAUCAAAUUUAGUUUCCUCAAAUCCUUCAAGUCCUUUUUUUGAGUAUGCAAUAAUAGGUUUUCUAGUAACAUAUUUUAAUAAAGGUUCAGAAAAAUUUAUCCUUUAUUUUAUAUCUAUCAUUUCAGUUCUUUAUAUUAACGUCUAUUACUAUGAACAGUUGUAUUGCCAUUAUAAUGAUAAAUUUCAGAUAUUAAGAUCAAAGAUGAUUAACCCAAAUGUAGCCCAUAGAGUCAUAGCAAAUAUUAAUAAAAUAAUAAAUAAAUCCAGAUACAGCCAAAUGCGUGCUGUAUAUAGAAAAUUCGAAGGAGUCGGAUUAUUCAGCAAAGAAAGAAUGUUCGAGGUCUUGUAUGAUUUUGAUGAGUUUUUGAGUACCAAGAGUGGAAAAGAGGGUGUAAAAUUUCAGGACAUUUCAGAUGAAACAGUUGAUCUAGAAACAACUAAUGAUGGAAUUGGAUAUAGAAUAGAGGAUGUGUUCUUUGAAUCGGAUCAGCAAGAAUCGGAAGAAGCCAUGGAUGAUGAUAUGGAGGAUAGUAUCGAAGGAAGUGAUAAAAAUCAACAAUAUAAUGCUUCUCAAUUUAUAAAUACUGUGCCAGAUAAUGUGAACUUAAAUAUUAACGAUAAAAAUAAGGAAUUAGAAUUAGAAUUAUACAAAUAUAUAGGAAACUUGGAGGAAAAGGGCUUAGCUACUCCUGGUACUUCUGUUCAGGAACCUAAUGUACCUAGUGAUGUAUCAUCCCAAAGAACUGCAGGUAGAUCAAUUAAACCUUUAUAUAAAGAUAUUAAAAACAAGAUGGAACAAGUGGGAAAAGAAGUUACUAAUAAGAGAGGUAAAAGUUUGGUUUCAAAAAUUAAAAAAGGUGUUGAUAUCGUUGAAUCUACAAAUGUACUUGAUGAAGAUUCAACGAAAGAUUCUUCAGUUGUAGAUUCUGGAUCAAGUUUAGAUGAUGUAUCAGAUGAAAUAUAG